AUUAGGCUGUCAGUCUCUUCAUGAACACGUUUAUGUAUGUGUGUUUGGUCAUUCAAUGGCUGAAAAUUGUGUUGUUUUUACCCAAAUGCAACAACAAUUUUUUUGUAAUUAUUAAAAACUCGAUUUAAAAUCCAGCAUACAGAGCGACUACACUAUUUAAGGACGUGUUCCUUGCAAUGGCGUGGUUACAUGCCAGCACAGAUGAUGCGUACGAUAAUAAGCCGCGUUGGGAUUCAUUCAUGAAGAGUAGCUUGCAUGUAUUUUCUUGCAGUUUAUUGAUGUACGCCAGCCUGCACUCCUCCGCUUACACAUCCAUCUGCAGGAGGGAGGAGGAUCCGCAAGAGCUUUCUUGCAUCCAGCCCAGCGAGUGCAGGGGAACCGGAUGCGUUGCGCUUUUGAUUUAAGGAACGCAAUUUUCCCGGGGAUGCAGAUUUGUUGACUGUUAGUAACUCAGCGGAACCACGUUCUUCAUCUGACCAGAACUGGACUGAGGAGACCAAGUGGCGGGAUGCGUUCCCUGAGGAAGCCCCUCCUCUUCGCCAUGCUGGUGUCAGUGGUUCUGGUGCUGGUUCUCAUCCACACGUGGCCCACCCGUGAGCCCACCACAGUAGAGGUCUGGCAGCGACCUGAACUGCUAGAGAGGCACAACCACCGUCCCCCGCAAGCCGACCCCCAACUGAGCGCCAUCCCCUUCCACGUGCGUGAGAGCGUAGCAAGCUUGUUGGGGCGCAACGGAUGCGUGUGCGAGAGUGAAGGCGUGAGCUUGCCCUUCUUGCAAAUGCUCACCUCGCGGGUGUCAGCUCAGCCGCUGCACACGGCCUUCCAGGCCUCGGAGCUGGAGGAGGUGAAGAGGAGGCGGGACAAGGAGUUCAAGAGUCUCCAGAACAGGUUGCACACACCUGCUGACACGCUCAUCAUAGCUGAGGCUAACAAUCCUUUGCAGUAUCCCACACAGGGAGUGGAGGUACGGCCGCUGAAAACCAUCAUCAUCCCAGGUUUGGCGUUCCAGGCACCUCCCAGAGACCACUACUCAAUCAACCUCACCGCCACGCUGGGGACCCUGAACGUGGCCGCCGAGGUGGACGGGGUACAAAUCCGAGGCGACGGCGAGAUGCACAUGUCUCUGUCCAGCGGCGUGCUGACCAAGCUCAACCGACAGCUGCAGUUUGUCACCUACACAAACACCGUCUUCCACCCCAGCAACGCCGACACAGUGCACGUGGAGACAGAGGGCCAUGGCGCCAACUUCAUCAUCAAGGUCCGUCACGGCGUGACACCCAAACUGUACAACGCAGGACCCAAAGGAGAGUACAACAUCAGCGCUCUGGUCACCAUCGUCACCAAGACUUUCCUGCGUUACGACAAGCUUCAAAACCUCAUUGACAGCGUGAGAAAAUACUACCCCACCGUGACCAUUAUCAUCGCCGACGACAAUAAAGAUCCCCAAACCAUCUCGGGCCCUUACAUUGAGCAUUACACCAUGCCUUUUGGAAAGGGCUGGUUCGCCGGGCGAAACCUGGCCGUUUCCCAGGUGACCACCAAGUAUGUGCUGUGGGCGGAUGAUGACUUCAUCUUCACGAGCAAGACUAAGCUGGAGAAGCUUGUGGACGUUUUAGAGAGGACCACGUUGGACCUGGUGGGCGGUGCAGUGCGGGAGGUGACAGGGUACACCAGCACCUACAGGCAUACCAUAUCCAUUGAAUCCGGGGAGGAAGAUGGCGACUGUCUGCACGUCAGGAGAGGCUUCCAUCACGUCAUCCAAGGCUUCCCCAACUGUGUGGUGACAGACGGGGUGAUCAAUUUCUUCCUGGCUCGCACCGACAAGAUCCAGCAGGUGGGCUUCGACCCGCGCCUCAACAGGGUGGCUCACCUGGAGUUUUUCAUCGACGGCCUGGGAUCUCUCCACGUGGGCUCUUGCGACGACGUCAUCGUGGGCCACGCCAGCAAGAUCAAACUUCCCUGGGCGAGUCAGUCGGAAAGCGACAAGGCCUACGCCAAGUUCCGUUACUCGCCGUCCUCCCCCAACGCCACGCAAAGCAGACUCGGCCUGAUGUACUUCAAGUAUCGACUGCAGUGUUUGACUCACGGAAAUUAGUUUGGGCUUUUCGGAACCCGAACCUGCCAAAGGACAACGGUGCUUUUCUUGUGUGCCACCGCAAACGCUAUUCACACGCACGUCUUCUUGUUUACAAAGACCACGUGAGACUUGGUGAGUCACGUGUGUCCGUCCUGUAAAGGCACCCUGGACGCCUUCACCUGAUAUUGUGACCACUUUUGAGGCGUUUCUAUCGCGUCGCUCAGGUGUCUAGAGGAGGAGGAGCCUAUUGGGCGCUGCCUCAGACUUACUGCACCAACCUCAAGCGGAGGCAAAAGUUGUCUUGCUAGUAAAUUAUUGAUGAUGCUGUUCUUUUUUACAAUGGCCUUUAGAGGGCGCCAUUUGGCAAUAAAGUAGCUAGACCGCCUGUUUGCCAUUCAGCAUGUGCUCACCCACAUACUGGACUUAUUUCCUGGGUAAAUACUUUUUCUGAUGGUAACUUAGAGUAAACAGAAAGUGCUCUGAUGGCGCUAUCUGCAGGGGAAACAAAGCGUGCUGCAGCUUGGGAUCCAGCAGGAAAAAGUCCCACAGCUCAACUGACCCAACGGAACAUCACAAAAAGUCAUGACGACAAUUCAUGAAAAUAACAUUUCUGUCAUCAUGACAUUAACGUUGUAAUAUUGGGAGUUUAAAAAUGUCAUUUUUACAGAAAACUGGUCAUUUACAGUGAGUGGGGUGCCCAAAGUGCGGACAGGGGGCCACUUGUGGCACAUGACUGUUUUGUUUUUUUCAUCAGCCCUCGACACAUUUUAAAAAUACAAUUACACAAGAAAACUAAAAAAAAAACAAAAAGAGGGAUGGCAAAAAGAGCAGUUGUUUUACUGUAAUCAAGUAGAGAUAUUUGAAUAACGUCAUAACACCAAAAUAAUUUAGGCAAUAUUACAGGAGAACAUUUUUGGGAAAUCAGGCUGGGACAAGUUGUGACAUUACGAGAACAAAGUCCAAAUAUUGAAUCCAGUCAUUGUGUUACGAAAAAAUAAUCAAAAAACAACAACAGCAAAAAUACAAUUAAACAAGAAAACUAAGAAAAACAAGAAACAUUUUACUACAGUCAAGUAGAAAUAAUUGAAUAAAGUCAUCAUAUUCAUACAAUUUUAAAAAAAUGUUUUGUGUUAUGUUAUUGUUAUGACAAAACAUGUAUCAUAAUAAUUUGGCCAAGAACUUCUGCAAUAAUUUACAAUAUCAGUAACAAAACAGAAGAAAGCUGUAUAUUUUUGGAAAAUGGGGUUGGGAACAAAUGGUGACAUUACGAGAACAAAGUCCAAAUAUUAUGGGAAUAAAAGUGUUACAAAAAAUGACAAGACGACAGUUGAAAAGCGGUGGAGAAAAAGUACAUAAUCCACUUUGUCACCGAUAAAGCAAGAAACUUGUUUUCUGUAAAUAUACAAUUAGAAAGUGGAAAAUCGUUUGAUUUUACGUGUGUGGCCCUCGCUGGGAAAAGCUUGGACCCUCCCACCCCCCACCCCCCGCCCCCAACCUGAUUUGUGCUUUUCAGUGUGACCCUGAUGCUGAUACAAAGUGGUUAUUUAUGACUGUGUUUUUUGUCCAAUUGUAUGUGCUGCCUUAUUAUUAUUACAGUAUUAUGACAAGGCAGAGGAGGAAGAGGAGAGGACCAAGCACUGAACCUUGAGGGACACCUCAGUAUUAAUAUCACUAUUAAAACUAGCAAAUGCUGAGGACUUCAACGCUUCAGCUGACAUUUUUGUCAGGUGUCUUUGUCUUUGUGAAACGUCUUAUUUUGUGUAAAUGUAUGACGUGAAGGGGCAGCCCUCAUUGGACUCUGGUGUUAAAAUAAAACUGCGUCCUGGGCGGAAGGUGU